CCNUACACCCUCGCCGCCCUCGACAAGCCUCCCAUCCUGCGCCGCAACAGUCGUGGCAUGUUUAUGACCACAGAGGAGAUCGAGCGCGACGACGCUCGCAUGCUCGCCCAAGAAAGGGCUCGUCCUUGCUCUCGCCCUCCGGUCAACAAGCCAGAGGAAGUCUUUCCCGCCUCGGGCUGGCCUACAGGCCCCAAAGUUCAACAGGAGAGUGACAAUGAGGUGUUGUCGGUCUCGGAGAUUCUCCUCCUNGGCACCUCCACCCCUCCNCCCAUUCCCGCAAGAAGCCCUCUGCGCCCCCGCCCCGCCGCCCAAGCACAGCCUGCUGUGCAGCCCGACAGCCCUCCUCCUCUCUCUACGAGGGAGGGCGCUGGCUUGGGUUUCCACCAAGGAAACCCUUGGUCAUUGACCGGGCGCCUCCCCCCUGUUGUCGCCCUGGCUGCUCCCUCCCUGCCNCCCUCUGCUCCUUCGGAGUACCUGGGUCCUGCCUCGUCUGUUGCCUCUUCUGCUGAGNNGGAUGACGGACCCCGUGGUGUCGACUAUAACCCUGACACCACGGGGUUGACGUCUGCUUUUUCGAGCUCGUCGUCGUCUGGCGCCUCGCUCCUUGUGAGCAACGGCACGAUGGUGGUUCGUGGCCGUAGAAAGACUGUGUAG